AUGCCGCCGGCCACGCACCAGCAGUCUUGGCAGGGAUGGGUGCUGACUCCGGACGGCGCAUGGUGGCCCCCGUCGGCGUCUGGCUCGCGCUUGUGGCAGUGUGGGCACUGCAAGAGCACGAACUACGUCCCCGAGACGCGCUGUAUGACCUGUGGGUUAAAGAAAUCCUGCGCCCAGGCAGUAAGGGCACUCCGGGAGGACAUGUUCAUCCACCUCCAGCUCAUCAGCAUCAAGCUCCCCAGCACCAUGGAGAGCGCGGAGGCGGGGGAACCAAUGACGUCCGCUUCGGCGACGAGCUCGGCACCUACGCGUGCGGAAACGCUGGCCGUCAUCAAGCAGAUCGAGCAGGCCAGCUCCGCCCUCACCUCCCCGACAAUGAAGGACAUGAAGACCAACCUGGAGGAGCAGCUGGCCACCAAACGCAAAAUGCUAAAGGGCAUGAAGCCGCUCGGUCAGCGCUUGGACGGCACGAGAGCGGCCCUUGACAGGGCCGAGAAGCGCAAGGAGCAGGCAGCGACCGCCUUGACGUUCGCCCAGAAGACCAUGGAGCAGGCGGAGGCCGAGGAGGCAAAACUCACCCAGGCCACAAUGCGCGCCGCGGCGGCCGCGAUGGUCGAAGCCGCAUCGCACCCCUCCCGGCGGCUCAACGGCAAACAGGCUCCCGCCGUCCCCACGCUGGAGGUCACGAACAUGUUCUGCAAGAAGCACAAGCACAGCAUCCCAGCCCUACUAGGUAUCGACAGUACCAUGUGGGGCCCAACAGCCAUGGACCAGGUGAGCACCGUGCAGUUCGGCGACUCCCUGACCUCCAUGGCGCAGCAGAUGGUCGCCAGCUACGGCGACGACGACACUUCAUCGAGCACAUCUUCAUCACCUUCUUCUUCCACCCCCGCCGCCUUGGACCAGGAGUGUUCCGUGCAGUUCGGCGCUCCUGUGGAGCCGCGUCCAGACCUUUACGCCGCUCUGCCAUUUGGCAGCGUGACGAGCACAGGCAUCGCGACGCUGAGCAGCACGACGGAGUGCGACACGACGGCGCGCAGCUCCACCAUUCCGACAUCCAGCUGGGACCAGUAUGACUGGCCCCUAGCUGACCCCGUGUUGCUGCGAACCGACGCGGAGCAGGUCAACACGUCUUUCUCUACGACUCCCCGCCUUCCGCGGUUGGCCCAUUGCCGUGCGCGGGCGAAAUGGUGGGAGUCCGUCAGGCGCCGUCGCGCCGACCCCGCCCAUCGAGCACCGCCCGGUUACGCGGGCGAUUCCCGGCGAGACGCGACCGCGUGGCCCCAUCAUCCCGGUCAGGCUGUGGUGCUGCCAGACGCGCCGAACGCCGUCUACAAGGUGGCCACAGCCAACAUUCAGACUCUGAAGCCGUGGCAGGAAACGCGCAGUUACGCGUGCACCACCUUGGCCCUGAUGAACAGCAAGGUCCAGCUCCUCGAACAGCAGUUCCGCGAGGUCGGCUUUGCUUGCGUUGGACUUCAAGAGGGCCGCGCUGCGAAGUCCUCUCGACGGGAUGGCGUCUACUACACCACUUUUGCCGCGGCAGCGGAGGAGGGAGGCAGCCUUGGAGCACAGCUCUGGCUGGAUCGUGAUCUCGGCCAUCAGGCGCUUCAAUGGCGCGCAGUUUCUCCAAGACUCCUCUUUGUGAUCACCGUGUCCAAGCACCAUGCCGUCCACGUCUGGAUCUCUGCGCACGCCCCCACAAGAGUGGCGACGAAGGACGAACGCCUCGCGUUCUGGUCCGAGCUGACGUCCGUCGGCCUGGAGCUCAGGGGACGUUUUCCGCAGACUGGCGAGUCCAUGCGGGGCUUUUCCGAGCAGCUCAACCUCGUCGCCAUCAACACCUUCACUGGUAGCUCUCCCACGUGGCAUUCCACGAAGGGGACACAUCACCGCGUUGACUAUCUCCUUGUGCGGCAGAGCCAUCAGAACUGGGUCUACGACGUCACUGUGCACUCGGACCUGGACCUCACUUUCAAUGGAUGGCGUGACCACGACGCUGUGUCAGCCGUGCUACGGAGGGCCGCUUCGUUUCGCCUCUCGCUGCGCAUGGCGUCGCUGUGGAUUCCUUCAAACGCCUCGGCGCGCGCCCGCAAAUUCGAGGCAACCUACCGCGCCGUGAUCUUGAAGCUCCAGCGGAUGGCCAACGGAUCUCUUCGGCGCGACCGCCAGGAGGUUCUGGACAGCAUGGCCAUCAAGCCGUCUGCCGCCGAGCACAGCGACCUUCUCCUGCUCGACGUGGGCACGGCGGGCACGGCGGCCACUGCCGCCGCCUUUCGCCGGCUAGGUCGCAACAAAGGCGUCGGAGAGGACAACGUAUUUGCGGAGGUGCUGGUCGCGGGCGGCGAGCCCGUCGCGUUUUUGUUCUCGAUCGUCAACCGGCACGUUUUGCACACCUACCAGUGGCCGACGCAAUGGCGCGGCGGUCUUCUGGUCCACAUGCACAAGCAGAAGGGCGACGCGCGCGUGUGCGACAGCAGCCGGGGCAUUCUACUAGCGGACCACGCGGGCAAGGGUUUGGCUAGCAUCGUGAAGGACGCCCUGGCGCCAUCCAUCAACGCGUCCGUCUUCCCCCUGUUCGUGGACCUGGUGAAGGCCGUCGAGAAGCGCGCCUGGUUCAAGCUCCCGGGAGGUGGCCGCGUGACGACUUCGCUCACAAGCGGGCGGCAGGGAUGCAAGCUCGGUUCGACGGCGUUUAAUUCGGCGUACACUCCGCCCUUGGACAUGCUCAAGUGGCGUCUCGCACAGGAGGGCUUGACCCUUCGGCUCCCCGACGCUCCGGCGACCUUUUGGGCUGACGUUGGUCCUCCCUCCACUGAACAGGAGGACAUCGUUGACGCCGCAUUCGUGGACGACGAGGUGGUCAUCCUGCUGUCCGAGUCGCCCGCGGCGCUCGCCCGGGCGGUCGACGCCCUCCACGGCAUCAUCACCGAUGCGUUCGGCGCGUUUCACUUGGAGGUCAACUGGGGCAAAGGGACGCUGCACAUCGUGGACGCGUGCAAGCACCUUGGCACCUUCAUGUCGGCACAAGGCAUGCUCUUCCGGAGCGCUGUGCACCGUGCCUCGUCUGCUUUAGGAGUCUACUCCCCGAUCGCCUUCAAAGUGUUUGGGUCUAGCGUUAUCGAUAACAAAUGCAAUUUUGUGUCCAUGCGCAGUUUAGUUCUUUCUCGCCUCACCUUUAAUCUGCACGCGUGCGUUUUGUCUCCUCGCGCCUUACAGAAGCUGGCAGGGGCAUGCGCGCGCGUGCUGCGGCGGAUCGCCGGCGACCCCCGCUUCUCCACGAAGGUGGCGAUGACCUACGUCGAAGUGCGAAUCAAGUUGCGUAUGCCUUCACUUGACUGCCCUGCGCGCUUACGGGCUGCUUGCGGGGGGCGCAGGCCCCUGCCAGGCGUCGCGUUCUUCUCCCUGCCGUACGGCGCGUUCUUCCAGUCCUUGGUCUCGGUGGCAGAUGGGCGCCUGAUCACCAUCAGAAGCUUGCCCUUUUUCGGGGCGACGCCCGAACGUCCUCCGACAGCAGCGGCGGGGCGACGGCGGGCGGCCAUCCCUGGCCCCUGGCGCGAUAGCGCGGGCGAGGCAGUGCGCGAGAGGCGCGAGCACCUGCGGCUCUGGCCGCCGACUCGACCUAGAAAUGGCUGCGGCGAUGGCGAAAAUGCGCGCAGCGACCUUGAGCACCGAGUCUAA